ACUUCUCGGAAUGAAGGUGUUGGGAUACAUGUGGAAUGGUAUACUGGAUCAUAGAUACUGAUCUGGUCAAGUGUUGGGAUAAAGAAGCCAAAAAGUAGGGAGUCUGGUUAAAGUAUACCACUUUACAGUUCCCACGGACUAGUGCCAUGUCUCGCUGCUUCCCAUUUCCUCCACCUGGAUAUGAGAAGAAGAUUAGAACUGAAGAAGCAGACUCUCUUAUAAAGGACAAGUACAAGGAAAAGAAGCAUAAGAAGGAUAAAGAAAAGAAAGAGGGUAAAGAGAAAAAGAGUAAAGAUAGAAGCAAAGACAAACAGAAGGAAAGAAAGGAGAAAAAAGACAAACAUAAAGAUCGGAAAGAAAAGGAGAAAGAUAAAGAAAAAAGCAAACCUUUGGAGGAGAAGAAAGCCGAGGUGCUGACAAACAUCGGGCACAGAGAGAAUCUUGUAACAGAUACCGUGCAGAAUAAUAGUAAUGGAGAGUCAAAGUAUGUACAGGACCUGGCAAGAAGGAUCAGAUAUGACGAAGAAGCAACAGGAAGUCAGAGUGAACAAAAGAUUGAUCAUCCUAACCAAAAAAAUGUAGGAAUAACAGGAAAAGCAUUUGUGAACAGCCCAAUUGAAGAAACAAGCCAUAGGGUAGAUGCCAAUAAGAGAAUCAAUACCCAAAAGAACUUUACAGCGGCAAAAAGUUCUGAAAAUGCAGUUUCUCGAGUAUCAUUUGGUGCUGAUCAGAAAAGAGCUGAGGUUAUGGGUAAACCAAUGGAGACCAGAGACCAGAUGAGGCAAACAGAAUCAGCUGAGAAGAUUCACUGCAAGGAAAGUGUGACCAAGAGUGAUAAACCAAGGGAAGAAGGGGUAAAGAAGAGUGAAGCAAAGGAUAAAGACAGAAAUAAAGAGAAGAAAGAGGAAAAAACAGAGUCAAUAAAGAAAACUCGUCAGGAGAAACCAAAAUUGAUAGGAGGGCCCAAAUUAGAAGAAAGAGAAAAGGACUCUCUGGAUAUAAGAAAUUGCAAACUGCCUGAGGUUUCACGGGCGAGCGUCAAGAACCUUAUUACCGAGGGAAAUCUUGGCAAACGGAAGGAUCAUAUGACAAAUGGAUUCUUGUAUGGUGAGUUAUUCUCUGAUCCAAUUCUCUGUCUGGUGAAUGAGGAGUGUAGUUGCCAUAUUAACCAUCGUAUGAUAUAUGGUUUGGUACUUAGAAGCAUCUUAUAGUUUUAUCCAAUCAUGAAAAUGGAACCACGCCACACAAGUUACAGAAGCUGAGUGCUUCUGUACCAUCUGUGGAAAAUGGAAGAAUAAUAGGUGCACCCCGAACUCCUCCAAUGCCUACUUCUGAGUUGCAAGGAAUGACUUGCAAGCCACAAGUCAAAGAAGUUAGAAUUAACGGUUUUGCUGUCUCUGGAGAAAAACAUAAAGUCUGUCCACCAAGCCCUUUGGCUGCAACAAUGAAAGUGAAAGUCAAGGAAAAUGGUGAAGCAUCCGCAAAGCCGCCUCAUCCUGACCUAAAGUAUCUCAAUCAGAUACUCAAUGUACCAACAAGGGAGCUGUUGCUGGAGGUUGAUGAUGACCAAGAAUGGCUACUUGGUCAGUCGGGUAUCAAAUUAAAAAAGGCGAGAACGGAUCCUCCAGAUUCUGGCGAAUCCUUGCAGGUCUGGAACCAAGCUUUCAGAAUAGAAUCUGCGGAUAUCGCAGCUCUUCCUUAUGUAGUUCCAUUUUAGCUGUGACUAUAUUCUCGGAUGUUCCUACGCCACAGUCCAUGAAGAGAACUAUCCCUCACACAACGCCACUUCGCAGCAGUGUUUGCUAUGUUAGCAGCAGCAUCUAUGAUGGCGCGAUAAAGGAGACAGACACAGCACUCCAUGGCUCCCCAAAGCUUAUGAGCAGGGAUCAAAUAUGUUAUACGCCCAUAAUAUGAACACCCACAAAGCUCUGCAUGGGUGAGGAAAAAGAAUGAAUGAGGAAGAUGUAAGUAGAGUAAGUUUAUAGAGAAGUUGAUUGUUGUUGACCAGUUGCUUGACAUCAUGUUGUGUUAUAAGGACAAGGAUAUGUGUGGCAUUUGGUUCUGCACGCAAUUUUGAUUCCAUGCUUGCAUCGUCAACAUUAGUGAAUAAAGUUUGUAUAUUACAGAGAAUAGAAAAAAAAAGAGAGUAGAGUUCUCCGUGUGUUACUGGGGCAUGGAGACAUGUUUAUAAGAUUAAUCACGGAAGAAGGUUAGUAUCAGAGAUCUUUAAGCUUUCCGUUAGAAUCGUAGAGAGGAUAGUCUCGGUUUUCUUAGGAA